AUGUGGUAUGCAACUUUAAACUUUAUCACUUUGCAUUAUGCCUACAUCUUCUUCAUUGGCAUCCUUUCCAUACCGUUUCUGUACGCGGAAGGGAAUAUGUCCGCCAUCGACGCCUACUUCAUGGGCUCCAGUGCUUCCACAGAGUCCGGAUUGAACGUCGUUGAUCUGAACGAGAUAAGGCUCUACCAACAACUGUAUUUGUAUUUCGCAUCAUUUUUGACACAAAUGGGGUUCAUGAACAUUCUGGUGGUCAUGAUUCGCCUUCGUUGGUUUAAGAAACAUCUGAAUCGUUUCGGCCCUGAUAUUCUUCAAGCCCGAAGAAGACGAAAUGCGAAUUCCUCUGAGGAACUAACAGACUUUGAACAAGGAGAACCUAAGACAUAUUUUCUUGCCACAGAUACGAAGGUACACUCUAUCGAUGGUGAAGCGGACAUUAAGUUUUGCAAUCAGCCCUCUGGUGUUGUUGGCGACUCGAUCACUGAAAAGUUUGAGGGCUUAUAUGGCAAGGAAACUAGACCUUGCUCGCUUUUCAGGGAAAAGAGACUACACCCAAGCACCCAACAUAUUUCUUGCAACCCGUCGGUAGAUGAUAUCACACACCCCAAGGACGCCACUUUGUUUAUACCCGGAUUUCAAGAACAUGAGCAUGGGCUCCCUGUAGUUGAGUUGACCAGCUCAGGGUCCGAAAGCAAGGAAGAAAUUGUCGAUAACCUGACUAAGAAAGACCGUAACGAACUAGGCGGGUUAGAAUACAGGAGUAUAAAACUUCUACUCAAAGUAGUUAUUGGCUACUAUUUCGGAGUCUAUUUAUUCGGAGCCAUUGGCUUGGUAGGAUGGAUACGACAUGCUGAUCCCAAAUACACCGCGCAUUCAGAUGGAUUUGCUCAGGACAAGAUCUGGUGGGCAUUUUAUACUUCACAAUCCGUCUUCGACAACUUAGGAUUUACCCUCACCCCCGACUCACUGGUAUUCUUUCAAGACUCCCAAUGGGUUAUGUUCUGGUUAACUCUGCUUACCGUUGCUGGCAACACUCUCUACCCAGUGUUUCUUCGCUCAAUCCUGUGGAUCAUGUCCAAGAUUGUACCGCGAGGCUCUUCCACAAGGGAGUCACUGGAAUAUUUGCUGAAUCAUCCUCGCCGAUGCAAUACACUUCUAUUCCCUAGUGGAACCACAUGGGCCUUGUUCGCUAUCAUCAUCGCUCUCAACAUUCUCGGUACUGUGGUUCUUCUGGUGUUGGACAUGCACAACCCAGAAUUCACUCGCUUAUCCAUGGGCCAGAGAACGGCGGCAGCUCUCUUCCAGUCUGCAGCAGCAAGACAUACCGGUGCAGCUUCAUUCAUGCUGUCAAAUCUUAGUCCCGGGUCUCAGUUUACACUGUUGGUCAUGAUGUAUAUUUCUGCCUUUCCCAUUGCGAUAAGCAUUCGCGCCUCAAAUACCUACGAAGAAAAGUCUCUGGGGCAAUACUCACAGGACCCUGUUUACAGAGAGGAUCGAGGGGUGUCUUACUUACUGCGACAUAUGCAGGAACAACUCGGGUUUGACCUGUGGUACGUCUUUUUGGCGUUGUUCUGCCUCAGUGUAUCAGAAGCUGAUAAAAUUGCGGAUCUUAAUAAACCGGCUUUCUCUUUCUUUGCCAUAUUUUUUGAAGUGGUUUCAGGGUAUGGUGGUGUCGGCCUGAGUCUGGGUUAUCCUGGCAUUAAUUCUGCAUUGUCAACAAAAUUUUCGACCGUCGGGAAAGUUGUCAUGUGUGCUACGAUGCUUCGUGGCAGACAUCGCGGAUUGCCGUAUGCCUUGGACAGAGCGAUCAUGCUUCCGGACGAGCAAUUUGCAGAGGAUUCUACCGUACAUGAGUCUACUGGAGAGUAA